AUGCUGCGGUGGGGAGCUGCUCGCUCGGCGCUGCUGGCGCGUCGCUCGGUGCGCGCGCUGUCGACGCGUCAGGCGGCGCAGAUGGAGACGCAGGUGCUGGAGAAGCUGCGCGGCGUGUCCGACGGCUUGGGGCUGGGCGACAUCGUGUCUCUGGGCCGCGUGAAGGAUCUGCGUGUGACGCCCGAGGCUGGAAAAGUUUCAUGCAAGAUCGAGACGCCGUCGCCGGCGCUGAUGGAGCUGGCGCAGCAGUGGCAGCAGGACGCGGAACUCACCGUGAAGAACCUGGACUGGGUCAAGGCCACGGACUUUGAGAUCACCAAGUCGAGGCCACGCAACGCCCGAGCCGGACGCUUCUCGUCGCUGGCCCACGUGUCGGACAUCAUUGCAGUCUCGAGCUGUAAGGGCGGAGUGGGGAAGUCCACAGUGGCAGUGAAUUUGGCCUUCAGGUGA